CCAGAUCCGUCUAUUUUAAGCUGUCAUGGCAAAGCCUCUGUUAGCCUCAUUUCACCCAUGGAAACCGCUCCACCGUCCACGAAUCACUCUGACGAUCGCUACCGUGGGUUCGUAUUGAGAAACUCAAUGUUCACAACUCCAUUUUUCGAUGAGAAUGGCUUUGGCACAUCAUACAUCGUACGCUCUUAGUCGCCUCUGAGAGUCUUCAAGAAGCAGGGCGGCUCGUGGAAGUUUCCCCCCACCUUUCAGACACAGUCACACACCAGCUAAAGAGUCCAGAUCUCGCAUCCACUUCCAUCUGACAUCGUCACUCUUCUACGUACUUGUCUCACAUUCACAGCCAUGGCAGCCAUCCUCACAACCUCCGUCCCGUGGCAUGAUGGCGAAGACAAGAUGCACCAGUUGCUCCGGGUGCCCUACCAGGACAACCCCACUGUUCCGUUCCUGACCCGUCCAGCGGCGCUGCUGAUGAAGCAGUCCCCUCUACUCGCCAUCGGGGCUCUUGAUCAGGAAGGAAGACCUUGGGCUUCAGUUUGGGGCGGCGAGGAAGGCUUUGCUACAGCAACCUCUCAUUCUAGAUUCGACAUCAGAACUCCUGUCGGGAGAACGUACGAUCCCAUUGUUGAGAGUUUACUCCUCAACUCUACAGGAAAUAGCGGCAAAGUGAUGGCUUUCCUAGCUGUCGAUCUAGAAACUCGCCGGAGGGUGAAACUGUUUGGAAAAUUAGACACCGGGUCACUAGAUAUUCCGGACGAAGAUGAGCGCAUUCGCGCCGGCAUCGCAAACCUCACUGUUCACGUUGAUGCUACAUCCUAGCGCCAUUGACAUGCUAAACCGUGCAGAUACCUUGUUCAUCUCCUCUUCUCACGGAGGAGAGGAUAUGGAUACGAACAUUCGCGGAGGACCUCCUGGGUUUGCUCGGGUCAUCUCUAAUCAGCCCAGUGGCGCGGUGUUUGUAUACCCUGAGUAUUCUGGAAAUCGUCUCUAUCAAACUCUGGGGAACCUCCAAACUACUCCUUCAGCAGGAUUUGUCUUCCCAGACUUCGAUACAGGCAAUGCUCUAUUCGCCACUGGCACUACAGAGAUUCUUGUCGGCAAAGAUGCGUCUGCUGUUCUCCCUCGCUCUAACAUUGUGGUCAGAGUAACCGUCACAGCGGCUCGGUUUGUGGAGAAAGCUCUGUCGUUUCGAGGCAUUCCUGGGAAGCCGUCACCAUACAAUCCCAGCGUCCGAUACCUUACAUCAGAAAGAGCCUCGGCGGCAGGCUUGGGUAACCGCGAGUCAACGGUCACUGCAACAUUGAUCGGAAAGGAACUGAUAACCCCAUCAAUUAGCAGAUUUCGCUUUCGCAUUUCAGAUCUGAAAGAAGCCGGAUCGUGGACCCCAGGACAAUAUGUAACGUUCUCUUUCUAUGACGAACUGGACAUGGGCUACAGCCAUAUGAGAGAUGACGAUCCGUCAAGCAUCAACGAUGACUACGUCCGUACAUUCACAGUCUCAUCGAGCCCAGGUCAUCUCUUGCCUGAUGGAGAGUUUGAGAUAACGGCUCGAAAGCACGGAAAUGUGACUAGCUCGCUCUUUCGCACAAGUGAAAGAGCUGGUUUGGAAGUGCCUUUGAAAGGCUUCGGGGGAGACUUCCAACUAACCCAACAAACCAGCGAUAUACUGCCGUUCAUAGCAGGUGGUAUCGGUAUUACGCCAGUUUUAGCGCACCUUCCUGUGAUUGAUGUCAGCCGAUUGCACCUCUUCUGGUCGAUUUCGCUCAAAGAUAUCGGACUGGUUCUGGAUACUUUCAAACGAUUCCCAAAGCUGCCUGGUUCCACAACCGUAUUUGUCACUGGGGUUGACCAUCGAAGUCAACAGAGCAACGCUGAACUAGAGAACGUCGCGUCAUUCGGAGCACAAGUACAACGCCGGAGAAUGGAAGCGCAAGAUCUCGACCUCUCAUUAGCAGAAGUUUGGUACUUCUGCGGCAGCCCUAUGUUGAAGGUACCGGUGUUUAGUUGGCUGGCCAGUAAAAAAGUAGUAUAUGAAGACUUCGAUUACUGAAAUAAGAUUCACCUGUUGAUUUUCCA